CAAAAACACUCUCAGCCUUUACCUGAAAACACACAGAAAAGUUACUAAAGAUUUGAUGCUUUUCAUCUUUCAUUUAUUUUCUAUAAUUUUGAGGUUUGAACUGUUGGUUUAACAACAUGAAUGUUUACUUUUUACAAAUCAAUCACUCCAACAAAUGACUGGUAGAUUAAUUCAUAAUGAAAAUAAUCAUUAGCUGUAGAAUAACAGUCACAGUCAGAAGGGUCCGUUUCCAUUUUCCUGCUUAGAUUUAUUGAAGUAACAUUUUUAAGGCAGAACUUGUAAUGGAGUGUUGUUGUUGUUGUUUUAACAGUAUCAGUAGCCAUAGCCAAGUAAAGGAUCUGAAUACUUCCUCCACCACUUAGUUUGCAUUUUCUUUUUCAAAACGGGUACACCAAACCUGCUGCAUUCCAUGUGACAGGCAUCGAUAAUAUUAUUCAAAAGUAAUAAUCAGAAUUACUCUCCAAAACAAUUCGGCAUGAUCAAACGAAUUAGAAUCAGGUCUCUAACGGUACAGAGAACAAAAUAAAAAUAAAUAACCGACAACAACAAUAAAUGAUUUGUGCAGAGUGAAAUAAUCAUACUGAAAACCUGAUUAUUGUGAUAUUAGCAGACGGCUUUCGUCGAUAAAUCACAAAAAUUCAAAAUAUAGCCGGGAAUAACAAAUGACGUCAUCAGGGCGCGCCGGCUUCGUGAACGUUAGUGCGGUGUAAACAUGAGCCCACGGUGUUUGUAAAUAUCAUAACCGUUGUAUCAGCAGCGGUGAGUAAACGCUGCUGCAUGUGUUUACACGGCAGUUUCACACAGUGGGAGUUCCGCUAGCUUCAGCCUCAGUGCACGGUUCUUACUUUACCCGUGUUGAGCUCUGCUGAGGCGGUCUGAGCUUUAGCUUUUACUCGGUAACGGUCAGUUUACCGAUGGACGAGCUGCCGCAGCUUCCACCUGAAGUCUGGGUGUACGUCUUCAGCUACCUGAGCACGGAGGAGAAGCACACGGUCCGCAGCUGCUGCAGGUACUUCAAGAAGCUCAUCGACCACCCGUCCCUGUGGAGGGACUACACGGUGGUGCUGUCCGACCUCCGCCGGUACACCUACGGCUUCUGGGACACCCUGCGGCACCGCAAGCUCACCCGGGUGGCGGUGCGACACCUGCGGCGCAAAGAGUGGCGGCGGCUCGUCAAGUUCCUCCCGUCGCUCACCGCCAUAGUGUUCGUGGACGGAGGGCGGUUGUACAAGAAGAAAUACCUGGAAAACCUGUCGCGGUUCCUCGACCUGAGGGACGUCGGGGUGCGGAACGCCACCUGGGACGAGGCGAUGCUGGGGCGGGCUCUGAGCGAGCAGCUGCACGAGCGGCUGACUCACCUGAGCGUGUGCAACGUCCGGCUGCCGUGCACGGUGGAGUUCAUCAACACCGUGUCGCUCCUGGUCAACCUGCGGUACCUGCUCUUCCACCAGCAGGGGGAGGGCUACGGGCUGGACACGGUGAGGCCGGUGCCCUGCGGGGUCUUCCACACCCUGCUGCUGAACCUGAAGAAGCUGAAGCACCUGUCCUGGGGGAUGAGGGGGGAGCCGCCUGAGCCGCUGCCCGACGACUACCUCAGCCCGCCGGACCCGCUGCAGCCAGGGCGGUACGGUGGCCCUGCGCUGACCAGUCUGGAGCUGGUGGAUUACCCAGAAACCAUCCUGCCGGAGAACGCCCUGAGGAGCCUGGCGUCGCUCCGGUCGCUGACUGUCCGCUACAGGUACAUCAGAGAGGGCAUCGAGUGUCGCCUCACGUCCUGGCUCAGUCCUCUGCAGCAGCUGGAAACACUCACCAUUAUCGGCGGUAAUUCUCUCGCCACCUAUACGACCACCAUCCCGUCCAGCGUGACCAGACUGACGCUGCGCGUGGCCAUAACUCUGAAAGACAUGGACUCCAUCGCCCCUAAAGUCCCGGCACUCGAGCACCUGGACAUCGAGCAGAACCGGUCCAGCGGCAGCCUCUGCAGACGAAUCCCCAUGUUGUUUCCUCAGCUCAGGACGCUCAGGAUACGGUUUUUCCGCAGAGAACCAGAGAAAGACCUGCUGAGCCUCCACCGGCUACGUCACCUGGUGCAGCUGGAGCUGCUGGUGGAGCGCUCCUUCAUCCUCAGAGAUUACCUGAACGGUCACCCCUGGCCCAGCCCCUGCGUGCAGGAGCUGAUCAACCAGCUCCGAGAGCUGUCGGAGAACAGGAUCACCGUCAUCACCACGAUGCGCCAGAGGAACCCUCUACGAGAAUGUGACUGUGUGUGGGAGGGGGACUGAAGAGCGGGAGGAUGUGAAAACUGGAAAAGUAGAUUUUAUCCUCCUGAAGUGAGAGGAGGACAAACGAAGGCAGGCAGGUCGCAGCCCGAGCCGUAAAUGAAGCACACUGAAGGUCUUCAGAUGUUAAAACCAUAGUACUCAUGAAAGUGCCUACACGUGAUCAUUCUUGGAUGAAGAACAGACUGAGGAUUAGAGCAGAGUUCUUCAACCUUUUGACUUGAAAACUCCCUGAAAAUGAAGCACUAGUGACCAAUGUUCCCUCUAAGCUGCGCACCUGCGCAAUCACGCUUCUCUGCGCACAGCAAACUACGUAGUGCAUAAAUUACAGUGUGCGACAGUGUGCACGUCUCAUGUUGCUCACAGUGGUCCAAGGAAUUCUCAGGGAGUUUGUGUGUAUGCUCAGACACAUGAAAAAUUAGGAGGAACAUUGCUAGUGACCCUGGACUUCAGGGAACAUGUGAGUUGUGAUUGAGUUCAGUAAAAAUAAUCCACUGAAGUCUUUUGAAAAAGGAGAUACAGUGAACAGGAGGAAUCAAACAACAGGCAGGGGUGUGGGUUGGGUUUGAUCAGUUCCCAGUGCUGAAAACAGAUCAGCAGCAGCAGAUUAUAUCGUCAAGCCAGUUUGUUCCAGCUGUUAGAACAAUCCGUAUCAAUCAGUAAUCAGCAUUUCAGGUCUUCUGCAGCAGGUUACACAUCUAAACUGUAACCUGUAGAAGAUGAAAGCUGAAAUUCAGUAGGUGGAUUCGAUAGGGUUCUGAUUCUGAUAGUGGACUCAGAUUCGGUAAAAUGCUAUUGAAUGCCGUCUCUACUGGUAGCAAAUAAAGGCAGUGCAAAAAAAUAUAGGGAUUUGGGAAUUUGAAUUACCUGUAGCGUACUGCGAAUGAUGCAGAGUCCUGUAGCGCUCCUCUUACUGAAGCUUUUAAUGUGAAGCUUCUGCAGCAGUGUCGAGUUUCAGCCUAACGCUGAGAAAAACUGUGAAGUGCAAAGGCUGCAGUUAAUCGGUGAAUAAAACUUGUAGUUUAGUGAAAAAAAAGAAUAAUAACAUGACUAAAGUACUAGUGGUCAUUAUACUGAAUCAGGAGAAAUAAAGGAGCUAAAGGAGAACCAAUGUACUGAAGACAGGUCUCCAAUAGUUUCUUUCUUUGUGAAUGCAGUGCUCCUCUGUUAUUACAGAGUCUCUGAGAAACCAGGGACAAGAAGCUGCUUAAAUAAUGUGUGGAGAAACACACAACACAGUAAAGUGUACAGGGCGAAACUGACUGACUGAUUCAUACUCUUUUUGUAGUGUGAGUGUUAUGGACACAUGGUGCGUUUGGUUUGUGCAAACUUUACACUUUAAACUUUUUUUUUGGAGUUUGUUUUCCCCACAAAAGAAGUCAAGUCACAGACUGGUUCACCAGGGAAAACACCAGUUUGUUUCUUAAGAAACUGACUCAUGGUUGAGGGAUACAGUUUUUUUCUUUGUUCGUUCUUGCAAUUUUGUUUCUUUGUUGAAGAAUCAGUUUCAGUGUAACUGUAGUGACAACAAAACAAGACUGAAAUUAGCAUUAGCUUUAACAUUACUUCAGUGUAGCAGCCAUGCAGAACCAAAAAGAAGCUUUGCAGGAAAACUUGAAAGUGCUUAUUUUUUAUAGUAUUUGUGUAUUUUUUUCAGUCGUUCAUUUAAAAAAAAAAAAGAAGGUCAUUUUCUGCUUCUUUGUUCAUUGUCACUUUGUUUUUUAAUAUAUAUUUGUCAGUUUUAAUUCUCAUGCAGAUGUUAAAUUAGACUGUCUGUGCUAAUAAAGAUGAUAUGUUUCA